AUGUCAGACAAUCCAAUUGAUCAGACUGCACCAGUUGUGCCUGAGAAGCGCGAGGGACCUACGGAAGUAGUCGACAAGCCUGCGGAAUCUCCCGUGCCUGCUGCCGAAAGUACCGAUCCAACUGCAGCCAAAGAAGAGCCCACUAUCCCAGUGAAAGAUACUAUCCCAUUGAAAGAUGAUAAGCCAGCCAAGGAAACUGCGGUUGCCGCCGCUACUACGGAGCCUGAGGUCGCAAAGCCCGAGGAACCCAAGGUCGAGAAGCCCGCAUACCUGACCAAGACCCCCGCGCUGGGCGAAUUGUUCGACCGCCUCCCAACCAUCCUCAGCACCAUUGGACAUGACGAGAUGUGGGGAGUGCAUCUCAAGGACAGCAAUGAUGUUCCCACCGUUAACGUGUUGAUCAAAUUCCUGCGCGCAAACGAAGGCAACGCCAAGGCCGCCGAGGACCAGCUCAGCAAAGCUCUCAAGUGGCGCAAGGAUGUGAACCCGCUGGCAUUGGCCGAGUCGGGCAAGUACAGUGCGACCAAGUAUGGCGGCCUGGGAUACUUGACGACCUACGAGGAGAACGGACGGCCGUUGGUGUUUACUUGGAACAUCUACGGAGCUGUGAAGGAUGCCAAUGCGACAUUCGCGAACUCGGACGAAUUUCUCCAAUGGCGCGCCGCUCUCAUGGAGCUCGCCGUGCAAGACCUGAAGAUGAAGGAUGCCACGGAGGUCAUUGAGUACGACGGCGAGGACCCCUACCAGAUGUUCCAGGUGCACGACUACUUGAACGUUAAAUUCCUUCGUAUGGAUCCCUCUGUUCGCACCGCCACGAAGAAGGUCAUUGAUGUGUUCGCUACCGCAUACCCGGAGCUACUGCGCGAGAAGUUCUUCGUCAACGUUCCUGCUAUCAUGGGCUGGAUGUUCACGGCCAUGAAGCUGUUCCUGAGCCGCAACACCACCCGCAAGUUCCACCCAAUCACCAACGGUGCCAAUCUGGCACGGGAGUUCUCUCCCUCGAUUGCGGAGCAAAUUCCAAAGGUUUAUGGUGGCAAGGGCCCCGAGUUGAAGGAAAAUGCCAGAAUUGUUCCUUUGACUGAGGAGUCCGAGGUCAAAAAGGAAGUGGCCAAAUCUGCUGAGCAUGAAGCUCCCAAGGAAGAAGUGGCCUCGAAGGAGGAGGCUGCGAAAGAGCCCGUUCAGGAGGUGACUACCAAUGCUGAAUCUGUCAAGGAAGAGCCUGUGAAGGACGCAGCCCAGUAA